CCGGGACAAAACACCGGGGCUGAGAGCCUUCUUACCCCGCUAUGGAUGCUCUGAACUCCGGCAGGAUUCAUGAUUAUGACCGCUGCUGAGAUAUUAACACAGCUUUUUAAAACAACUUGAAUUUCCGGGGACUGCUUUCCGUUUACUGUAAAAUGGAUAACAACACUAUGUGGAAUUUCACCCAAGUUCUGUCAGAGCUGGACGGGGCGGGAAGUGGGGAGGAGGAGGAGGAAGAGGAGGAGGGGGAGGAAGGCCGUGGCCGUGGGUUGCGCGUCUUCCUGGGCUGCGUCCUCUUCCUGCUCAUCGUGUCCACGCUGCUCGGGAACACGCUGGUUUGCGCCGCCGUGGUUCGUUUCCGCCACCUUCGCUCCAAAGUCACCAACUUCUUCGUGAUCUCGCUGGCCGUGUCCGACCUGUUCGUGGCCGUGCUGGUGAUGCCGUGGGAGGCCAUCACCGAGGUGACCGGUACCUGGCUGUUCGGACGGUUCUGCGGCGUCUGGAUCGCCUUCGACAUCAUGUGCUCCACGGCAUCCAUCCUGAACCUGUGCAUCAUCAGCGUGGACCGGUACUGGGCCAUCGCCAGCCCCUUCAAGUACGAGCGCAAGAUGACCCACCGGGUGGCGUUCGUCAUGAUCGGCGUGGCGUGGUCCCUGUCCAUCCUGAUUUCCUUCAUCCCGGUGCAGCUCAACUGGCACCAGGAAGGGAUGGAGGAGGCGAUGCUGGAAAUGAUGGCGGGAAGCGGCGGGAACUUCACGAACAGCAGCGGCCUCAACGCCAAGAGCUGCGUCGCCAACCUGAACAAGACCUACGCCAUCUCCUCCUCCCUCAUCAGCUUCUACAUCCCCGUGGUGAUCAUGAUCGCCACCUACACCCGCAUCUACAGGAUCGCGCAGACCCAGAUCCGACGCAUCACGUCCCUUGAGAGGGCGGCGGAGCAGGCGCAGAACCAAGGCCACGGCGUGAACCGGAACCAGCAUCAGCACCACAGGUCCAACGAUGAAGCCUCGCUCAAGUCGUCCUUCAAGAAGGAAACCAAAGUCCUGAAGACCCUCUCCAUCAUCAUGGGGGUGUUCGUGUUCUGCUGGCUGCCGUUCUUCGUGCUGAACUGCACCGUCCCGUUCUGCGACCCGCCCUGCGUCAGCGACACAACCUUCACCGUCUUUGUGUGGUUCGGCUGGGCGAACUCCUCCCUGAACCCGGUCAUUUACGCCUUCAACGCAGACUUCCGCCGCGCCUUCGCCACCAUCCUGGGGUGCAACCAGAUGUGCUCCAACAACACGGUGGAGGCGGUGAACUUCAGCGACGAGCUGGUUUCCUACCACCACGACACGACGCUCCACAAGGAGGUGCUGGUUCCCGUGCAGCCGCUGCAGCUUCCUCGCACAAUCAACGCUGGGUCGGACAGCCUGGAGGACGUGAGCGCUCAGAUAGACGAGGAGUCGAUCGUCUCCAACGGCUCCCGGAGCCACCACAGACUGCUGCUGCUGCCUGCCACUGUGCAGCUGGAGGACGAUCCGGAGCUUUCUCUGGAGACCAUCACGCCGUUCACCUCGGCGGCGCGGCGGGAGAGUGAAGCUCUGAUUCCAGGACAAGUCCAUCAGGACGGAUAG